UGUGUGUAUAUUUCAUUUCAUUUCAUUUUGUUUUGUUUUUUUUUCGUUGUUUAUUAUUAUUGUGAUUCGAUUUGUGAUCGACUUGGUGGUUGACGAUAAUUAUUAUUGCCAGACAUUAUUUGUUAUUGAUUUUUAUUUGAUUUUUUAUUAUUAUUAUCCGAAAUCAAAAAUAUAAAUUUCAUUUGUCAUCACGAAUCAUAUAAUCAAUCAAAUACGCGUUUAUAAUACAACAAGAGAUUGGUUUCCCUUGAAAAGCAUAUAAUAAUGAAGAUUCGCUUUGUCCUUUUGAUCGUGGCAUUCGUGCUUUGCACGAAUCUUAUUCAUUCAACUAUUGCCAUGCCAGAACAAUCAACAGUGGCCACAACCACAACGGCUACAUCAAAUAAUGUGGAUGAAAAUAAAUCUAAACUACAUCGUGUACGUUUGAUUUCAUCAUUGGAUGAUGAUAAUAAUGAUGAAAAGCAAAAAACAUGGUCAUCAUUAUUUGAUGAAUCAAUGGUGACUUCUGAUGAAAAUAAUAAUAAACAGAUUAAUGCGACUAGUUGUUCAGAACAAUGUAAAGAUUUUUUCGGUACCACCAAUGACGAUUCGGAAAAAUUUCAAUCCUGCAUCAAUGGCUGUAGAUAUUAUACAAUCAAUUUGAUAUUGACACAAAAAAACAUUUCGGCCGGUUAUACAUCAUCUUUGUCAUCAGUUAAAUCGGAAUGCUUUAAUUCCUGUGUAAAAGUCUAUCCAAAUGAUACGAAAUCAAUAAGUAUCUGUAAUUUUGGUUGCCGAUUAGCCGAUAAUGCUCAAUCUGAAAAAUCAAAAACACGACCAAUAAUAACGAUUUCAUCCGUAGCUACACACGACGAGUCCACUGACAAUAAUACGGUAAUUGACGCUACUGAAUCGGUAAAAUCUGCAUCAAAUGAUGGAAAAGACGAAAAGAAACGAACAUUUUCAAUGUUCAUUCCGAUUCGAACAAUAACAUCGGCAAAUGAAUUGGAUGAUAAUUCACAACCGGAAAGUUUGGACAGAGUUUUCGCUCAAAACAAUAUGCCAUCAUCUUUAUCUCAAAUGAUGAUGUCUAUGGUUCGUUCGAUGGCUGAACGAGCUCGACAAAUGAUCGAUUUCGCUCGUACACAACAACAAAAAAUGGAAGAUGACCGAUUCUCAAUGGAUUUCGAUUCAUCGUCUAACACUGGUGAAGCUGGUGGCGAAGCUGUUUCCUAUGAACGUUCAAUGUCGGUAAUGAUGACCAAAGAUAAGGAUGGCAAUAAUAAAUUGGUCGUAAUGCGUGAACCACCAAAAAUAACCAUUCAUCGAGCUUGGAAUCCGUUAGGAUUGGAUUUUGAUCGAUUCAAAACUGAAAAAGCAACUGAUCUUAAUCAGCGUCUAAAACAGUUAGAACAUGAGGGAGAAGAACGAUUGAAUGGUAAUAAAUUGAGAGUAUUGAUGCCAUGGAAAUGGUCUGGUGGUUGGGAUAGCAAUCGUGUUCAGCAAGAACAAAAUGCUGAUGAAGAUCGAUUAGGAAAUCUUAUAUUUCACCGAAUAAAUUCGUUUGGUUUGCCUCAAAAUCAACAAAACAAUGAUGAUGUCAACCAUGAUGCUGAUGAUGAUGAUGUAAUGGUUAUCAAUACUGUUGAUCCGAACAAAUCUAAUUCACUUCCUUGGUCAACUUGUUUGAUUUCCAUGAUGCCCUUGCUUUAUUUGUUAAUGGUCAUUCUAUUGUUGUACAUCAUCAUCUGGCUUUUCUAUUCUGUGCCAAACUAUGUCAUUUGCAAAAAUCGACGGGGCCGUUCACAUCCAUCAUCCUCAACGAAUGGACGUAAUUCAUCGGAAACGAUUCUACCAUUGUCAUUAGAUGAUGAUAGUUAUCGUGAAAGACGUCGUCGGCUUUUCCAGAAAUUAUUCCACUUGAGUAGAGCACAACGUUAUUGCAAAUUAUCAGCAUUCACUGGUUUUGGCGAGAAAACUUCACCAAUAACACCUGCUACUAAAUCACCAAGCAGUGCAACAGGAAAUGAUUUAAGUCCAACUGGUUCAACAUUAUCGUUUCCUCCACCAUAUGCUGAAGCAGCAGCUUUUGAUAAAACAUUUUCUGUUCCUGAAACCACAUUAAAGGUUAACGAAUUGCUUACAACAUUAAAUUCAUUUCCAGUUAUCCAAAAGAAAAAUGAAUCGAACAAAUAAUUUGAUUUGUUUGUGAAAAAAAAAAUUUUUUGGCUUGAAGUGAUCGAUUAUAUCCCCAAUAUAUAUGGAUAAUAAAGAAAGAACUACAUAUGAGCAUAGUAAUAAUAAUUAUUAUAAUAAUAAUAACAACAAUUAUUAUAAUGAAUAACGAUAAUAUUCUUAAUCUUUCUUCCUGUUUUUUUUCUAUCAUAAUAACAUAUAUAACACUAAUACAUACACACAAGAAGAAUGAAAACAAAUGAUUGAUGAAAAAUUGAUUUAUUAUUAUCCAAUUAUGUUUGAUAUAUAUUAUUAAGAUUUCCACUUCAUUAUUUUCAGGAUUAUAAUCCUUCAAAAAUAAACACACACACACACACACACCACCACCACCACCACCAUUC